AUGCAGUCUUAUGGACCGAUACGAGAAAAUCAACGAAAGAUACCAGAGAGUGAUGCAACCGAUUAUUGUGGAGGAACAGGUAGGUUUGAGUCCAAAGAAUUCGACAGAGGUCCCCCAUUGGUGUUACCAAUCUUUCUUGGCAAUCUCACCCAGACUAAAAACCUGAAAGGUCCAGAAGAGUUGCCUUCCCAUCUAAAUUUACUCGAUUGUAGAUAUUCACUCAGGUCGCAAUUACAUUCUGGAAUGGAGUUCAUUACAAUGGCAGAUUCUUCUAUCAAGGAAAAUGGUAUGAUUACGAUGGUAUGCACCAGAAUCCUGUUAGUGAUAUUCAGCAUUUGUCCGUUCCAGCACUGGUAGGAUUCAUUUUAACCUCUUGUGUCUACUUUAAGGAAUAACGCUCAGUAGUCAUUGUGUUCAGCAAAUGUCUUCCCUCUCAUAGUUAGAUAAAAAACCCUACCAGGUUGAUAAAAUUAGGAAAACAUAUAUUUAUUACUAUUUAUUCACUGUUUAACUAUACAGCACAAAUUGAGGAUAUACAUAGUUUAUGAAACAUAAUGGCACCAAAAGGUAACCAUUAAUUUAGACUUUAUAUUACAUACACCUGGUUGGAAUUAUCCUGUUUUAUUUAGUAUUAUUACAUGUAUUACCUUUAUUGACGCACUUAAAAAUGUGCAUCUUUAUGUACUUUACAUUAUUCAUUAACUAUGAAUAAUGUAAAGUACAUAAUGUCUACAACUUAAACUUUGAUAAACACCGUAUCUAUUUUCAUGCAAUAUAUUGACCCAUGCAGAUAUAAGUAAUAAUGUUGUUUUGAGUAAUACCGGUUAUUGUUGUCUUCAUAUUUAAUAGUACAGGGUGUUUUUAGGCUGCGGUCAUUAAAAAUGGAAAGGGGGGGGGGGGAUAGCAGGAAUUUGACUAAAGUUGAGUUUUUUUUGUAUAUCCCCUCUCAAAUAUGUGGAAAAAUAGUGAUCCCCUUGCCUGGGUGGCAAAUUUUAAAAAUAUCACAAAUUUUAAAAAUAUCGAUCACGUUCAGACGUGUCCAAAUGAGCUCUACAAAUUUUAAAAAUAUCGAUCAAAUGAUCUGUAUGUAGUCGUUUUCUAAGUUUUGGUGUCCUCAAAUUAAAUUUUAAAUCCUCCGAUCGUUAAAUUUGCUCGCUCGCUAGUUUACUACAAAAUUAAAAUGUCAGUAAAAACUCGUUCGGCUGGCCUGGUGGGGGAUUCUUUUGCUGAAUUUGCCAGGAAUAUGGACGAUUAUUUAAAGAAUUCAAGUGUGUUUAAAGAAACCAUUGCCGGUGCAGUUGUUGUGGCAGUCGGAGAGAUUGUAAAGCCUUUACAUACAGAAAUUGCUUCCCUCAAAGACGAAGUAACACAUCUUAAAGCAAAGCUGCAAAUGUAG